AUGCCACCACGCAAGAAACCCAAGUCAUGGUCCAUGUACCCAGCUCUCCACAAUGGGCUGUCAAGGGAAUUAGAGGAAGAGGACCUUGAUCUCACCUUCAACAACAAUGACGACGAGAGAGGCCUCAUAGAGACAUACGACACCAACAUUAUGGGCCGGUUCACCUGCCACAACAACAACUGCACCAGCCGUGGAUGGUCAAGCAAGAAGAUCGCCAUAACCAUUCGCAUGUACAGCGGCGAUCGAUACAACGUCCGCGUCUAUCACCAGCGCUGCAGGAGCUGCAACUGGCUCAGUCGCCCGAAUCUCGACGUGGACACAUAUGUGGACAGAGUUGCCUAUCGUCUUAAAAAGUGGUCUGGUGUAGAGGUGGAGCGUCCUUUUUAUAGUCGCAAGACUGGGAAGCCGCAUGAGAGAGACCUCUGUGAAGGCUGCAAAAAUGGGCAUUGCAAGGAAGGGGAGCUAUCGUGA